AAUCUCCACGCGCUCCGCCGCGCAGCCUUCCGAGGAAUCAGUCACACAAAUUACUUCAUUUUGCAUUAUGAUACUAUGCACGCACCAGGAGCAGUGUACGGAAAUCAAGGACGGUGAUCAACUUAAUUAGUCGAUUGACUUGUCACUCGAACGCGGUCAGGUCUCCCAUUGGUGCAGACAGAUCAGGGGGCGGGUUUGUGGCCGGAGUGGGCGUGAGCAGCUCGGAUAACUCGGCCGUUCCGUCCGACGGAGACACGGAGCGCAGGCGGCUGUGACGUCACACACCAGCCAACCUGUAAAGCUGUCAAACAGCAAACCGAUAAACCAGUGUGAUCGCGAGCGCAGCGAGUCAUUUCUUGCUCGUACCUUCGGGAUCCGUUUGCCCCGGCGCUGGAAUUCCGCCGAUUCUCGCGCCAGCAUCGAGGAGCAUCUUUUAUUCCCGAGACGGAGGGGAAGAGCACCUGGACCCAGGCGAAGUGCGCGCGAGGAAGGCCGGCGGCGGCGGCGGCGGAGGAGGGAGGAGGGCGAGGCAGCCGAAGCGAAGGCAGCUCAUGAUGAACCGCUUCAGAAAGUGGCUCUACAAGCCCAAGAGGUCAGACCCCCAGCUCCUGGCACAGUUCUACUAUGCAGACGAGGAGCUGAACCAGGUGGCGGCAGAGCUGGACAGCUUGGAUGGCAGGAAGGACCCUCAGCGCUGCACCCUGCUCGUCAACCAGUUCCGCUCCUGCCAGGACAACGUGCUGAGUAUCAUCAACCAGAUCAUGGAUGAAUGUAUCCCGGACGACCGAGCCAACAGAGACUUCUGCGUGAAGUUUCCCGAAGAGAUCAGGCACGACAACCUGGCGGGACAGCUGUGGUUUGGGGCCGAGUGCCUGGCCGCUGGUUCCAUCAUCAUGAACCGGGAGGUGGAGAGCAUGGCCAUGCGGCCCCUGGCCAAGGAGCUGACGCGGAGCCUGGAGGAGGUGCGCAACAUCAUCCGGGACCAGGCGCUGCGCGACCUCAACCUGUACACUGACCGCAUGUGUGACGCCCUGCGCCACUUUGACAGCCUCUUCGCAGAGUUUGAGCUCAGCUACGUGUCAGCCAUGGUGCCAGUGAAGUCCCCCAAGGAGUACUAUGUCCAACAGGAGGUGAUUGUUCUCUUCUGCGAGACAGUAGAGAGGGCGCUCAAGCUGGGCUACCUGACGCAGGACAUGAUCGACGACUACGAACCCGCUCUGAUGUUUACCAUUCCCAGACUAGCCAUCGUGUGCGGCCUGGUGGUUUACUCCGAGGGGCCGAUAAACCUGGGCCGCAAGCCGGAGGACAUGUCCGAGCUCUUCCAACCUUUCCGUUCGCUGCUGCGGAAGAUCCGAGACCUCCUGCAGACCCUUACGGAACAGGAACUCCAGACGCUGGAGCGCAGCCUCUGCGUCUGCCAAGAUGACGAGCUGGUGGUGUCGCAGCCUCCGGUUUCCGUGUCCUCCGCCGACACGUCCCUGAAACCCUCCGCUGGUGAGGAGGAUGGAGACAAGGUGUCACAAUGCCUGUCUCCCCAGGAACAGGACGACGAGGAUUUCUGGCUGAGCUCGGUGCUGGGGGAGGAUCCCGAGGAAGAGCUCGCUUGCUCCAUGCAGUACGACGAGCAGGAGCUCGAGCAGCUCAGCAUCAUGGUGCACCGGGUCGGGGACGAGAUGUCCUCCCUUCUGUCUCCCCCUAGCCAGGGACAGUCGCCGGCUCACCACAGCAGGGCUUCGGGCAGCUCCAGCAAGGAGGCAUCGCCCUGCAAAGUUCCCGGCGCUGGCUGGAGGCUCGCGUCGGGGCGGUCCGAGCAGGAGGAGGACGGCCGCGUGUUCUUCAUGGAGGACCUGGAUGGAAUGGGGGAGUCGCUCUCGCGGAUGGAACAGUCCCAGCUCGCCACGUGGGGAGGCGAACCGCAUCCUGCGCGCCACGCUCCCAGGCCGGGCUCGCUCCACAACAGCUGGUCCGGGGACGGCGCGGCGGAACCGGCCCCGCAGCAGGGUAAAAACCGCGGUCAGUCCGCUCCGAAGCCCCCGGCGGCCGGCACCGCCGAACCCCCCGCCUACAUCAACGGCUGGGACUCCGGCGCGGACGUGGAGACGGCGGAGCUGAUCGCCCACCGCACGGGGGGCAUGAAGCUCUCCUCGACGGUCAUUUUCAACCCAAACUGCCCGAACCCGGUGAGGGAGGGAGCGGCCGACGCGUUCCUGCCGCACGACGGGGAUCCCUGCCCCGGCCCCUCGCCUGCCCCCGGCCCGCACCACAGGCUGGGGGGCCUGGUUGCUUCACACUGCUUGCUCAACUCGUGCGUGUGCUGCGGGAGCUGCGAGGACUCCGUGGAGCCCUGCGUCGACAAGGACAAGGACAAGGACAAGGGCAAGGGCCUCGGCCUCCCCCCGGGCCCCGUGGUCCACGCCUCGGGCUGCCUAGUGCCCAGCAAGGAUCUGGCCGUCAAGAGGGCCGGAUUGGCCGGUUCGCCGCAGAGCAGCCCGGCAAGCGGGGAGAGACCGGGCCCCAAGGGGCCCUGCCAGAAGUGCCUGAUCUCGGGCUCGGUACCGGUGGCCCCCGGAGACAGAGGCCUGCAGACGGGGGACUCGGGGUCCUGCAGCCACCAGAGGAGAACGGAGGGACAGAGACAGAAGCGGAGGAUGGAGUCGGAAAGAACGGGGUCUGGCAGGGCAGGGAGGGAGGAAGAGGAGGGCGGCAGGACUGGCAGCGGAUCCAGUUCUCCAGACUCCCAGCUGCUCUCCUCCACCUCUAGAAGUGACUGUGACAGUGUGUUGGUCACCACGUGUAGCCCGAGAAGCACGUGUACGCCCAGCUCAGUCGGCAGCCUGACCCCCAGCUCCGGUACGUCGGAGGACCCGGAACACCAAGAGAUCCAACUUGCCAUGCAGGCGGCCAAGAUGGCAGCUCGGGAAAAGAUUCGCUCUCGUUUCCAUGGCAGCAGCGAUCUCAUUCACCGCCUCUUUGUUUGCAUCUCAGGUGUUGCUGACCAGUUGCAGAGCAAUUACGCCAGCGACCUUCGUAGCAUCUUGAAGACACUGUUUGAAGUCAUGGCAACAAAGCCGGAGCUCGAUGAGACGGACAAGCCGAAGAAAACGUGUGUCCUCCCAGCAGCCCCCGGACUGCGGCGUGCCGUCCUCGACGACUGCACCCUGUGCCAGGAGACGGUGUCCUCCAGCGAACUGGCGGCCAAGGCCCGCGAUGGACAGUUUGAAGAUCUCCCGGUCUGGGUGCCGGACGAGGCCUGCAGCUGCUGCACCACGUGCAAAGCCCCCUUUACCGUGAUCCGCAGGAAGCACCACUGCAGGAGCUGCGGCAAGAUCUUCUGCUCCCGCUGCUCCUCCCACUCUGCCCCGCUGCCGCGCUACGGCCAGGUGAAGCCCGUUCGCGUGUGCACCCACUGCUACAUGUUCCACGUCACGCCGUUCUACAGCGACCGGACCGGAGUGUGACCGCGCGAGCCCGACCGCUCGGCCCAGGAAGCGCCGUGGCCCACGUGUCCCGACCGCUCGGCAUUAACCUCGGCGGGGGGGGGGCUUUAAUUAAGGAAAGUUUGGAUGAAAUUAUGGAAAUAUGAAAAUGGAUUUCGAUUACAUUUUAUCCCCCCCUCUUCUUCUUCUACAAAGUGUUCUUUUCUUGUGCGCUUCAACAGCACGGCUCUGAAGCCGUCUUCUGGAAGCUUCUCUCUCCGUUUUUGCUCGUUGUUGGACACGGGAGAUGGAGGACCUCGUGUGGACAUGUCCCGGACUUUAAUAACCACAAGAUAGGAAAAUGACAAGAGUCAAUAUAAAUGUCAGCAUGAGAAUGAAAAAUCAUUUUUUGGUUCACGUUUGAUCUUCCAGGAUCAUAUCCAGCAACCCCCGCCCCCCCCCACCCAUCUUUCUCUUUCAUGCAGAAUUUGCAUGUUCUUCCCAUAUUUGCAUGAGUUGCUUCCCACUUUCCAAAGACCUGCGCUUCAGGUGACCUGGUCACUCCGGAUUGACCUGCUUUGCAUUCUGUGCUUCCCAGUAUUGACUCCAAACUCCGGUCGUCCUGCCUGGAUUCCGCGGCCAUUGGAAAUUAUUUUAUUUAUUGAUUAUUUAUUUAUUUUUUUAAUGAUCUUGCUGCAAACUGAGAGCUGCAGACCACACUCACCUCCUGCUUGUGUUCGUCAUCUGGAAUCGAAUGUGAAACUCAAGAUUUUGCGUCGCACUUCCGUCUCGGCGUCUGGGGAUCACGUCAAGGCGACUGUGCUGUUGGAUGUCUCAGACUCCCGGGCAACGUCCGCUGACCUCUUAGCGCGACGUACCUCGGCCGUUCCAUGAACCCCCCUCUCUUUGCAUCACCCGGUCAGGUGACCGCAACCACUCCCCGCUCCGUAACUCUCACCCUUUCGGUAACCACGGGAACCUUCGUCCACAUCUCAUCACCCCGUGUCCAUUCACAAUCCUCCGGUCUAAGGUACUAGGACCAGCUCCCGAUGGUCGGCCAGGUACCACGUGAAAGGUGGCGUCUCGGGUUCUUCAAAAAGUCACGUUUAUGAAAUAGGGACGUGUUAAACGCGGAAAAACUCCUUCAUCUCAUUAAUUUGCAACGUUUCGAUUGUCACCGUACCGUUUCACCUCACAAAAUUGUAUAUUACUCAUCUUUUAUUGAUUUUUUUUU